CCGCUGCUGUCUUCUGUAGACAGCGUUGGUCUCCCUGCUCCAUCGUCAGCUCUCCUUGCCAGCUCCUGUCUCACUGGCUCUACUCGCUUUGCAUCUCGCCGCGCGAAAGCUCCGUUAUCAAACCGAGAGCCUCUCUUGGAGAUCUCGAUCUUUGUCAGACUCACGCACACCGCGUUUCUGCCUUGGGUUCGUAAACCAAAACGUCGCGUGAAAGAGUGCUUCAAGAAAGCUUCAACAAGAUACUUUCGCUCUCCGAGGGCAUAACUUGAUCUCUCUAUCUUCAUCUACCUGUCACAUUGCACUCGGAUAUCCUAUCUGUCACUUCAGCCAUGACAGAAACAGUUGUUGUGAUCAGGGCGAGAACGAGACAUGGACUGCUCAGGAAGUCCCGAUCGGUGAAGCUUGAUCUGAACAUGAUCUCAACGUUGUACAAUAUGCGACAAGAGGAUGCAGCGACUACUUUGGGAAUCUCGUUGACAAGUCUCAAGAUUGCAUGCCGGAGGCUCGGCUUGAAGAGAUGGCCCAACUCGAGAGUUGCAGCAGGAAGUCCAAUCCUUGUUGAGCAUGACAACACAGAUGCUGGAGCAGGAAGCUCAACUAGACCCUUGGCGGAGAACAAUCACGGUGCAACAGAGCCUUUAGAGCUCUUCGACGAUGAAGUGGGCGACUUGUCUCUACUCGAUGAAAUGGACGAUGCAUGCACGGGAUCCAGCACAGAGUCAAGAAACGAUACGUCAGAGCAACCAAGAAGCAUCGAUCAUGAUGCUGUGCCACUGGAUGAGAACUGGAUCAAAUGGUUUCUCCAGUGUGAUGAAGAUGGCCCUGUAUCGUUCCAUUCUGAUCCUCAACUCUGAACUACCUGUACUUGCAUUGCUAUAUGAUAAUUGUCUGCAAAGCUUUCUUUCCGUGAUCUCUUGUGUCGCAUGAUCAUUUUUGAAGAGAAUGAUAAAAGAAGAAACAAAACAAGGC